AUGCAGGAGCUCAAUCGUAGCUUCUCUAGUUUAUCGGUACAUCAAGAAGCUCAAUCGAGCUCAGGAAUAAAAAAAAGUCGGAGGCCGAAUAGAGCUUUUCAUACAUUUGAAACUAGUAAUGCAAGCUUGCCGAAUUUGAGCGGUUCUCAGUCAAAUUUACCCACAGCUGGGCCAUACGCACAGCAGACACAGCAGACGCAACCUUCUGCAUUCAAUUAUUCAACGCCAAAUCUGACUAGUAAUGGCUCGUUUCAAGCACCCGAAGCAUCAAGUCCGAUUACGUCCCAUUACGUUUCCAAACAAAGACUUGAUGACCAAGAGUCUUUUAUCACCAAUCAUUUCGUGACAUCACAUAACUCUGUUCCACCAUCUGGUACCAGCCAGUUCUACUGCGUGGAUCAGAAUUCGAGUGACCCGCGUAAAAUGGGUCUCACUAUGUAUAAUGUUCCAAAGAACGAGCAGGUCAGAUCAGCGGCAAAACUUCCUAUGGGAGCAAUCAUACAACCAUUUGCUCAUUCUAGUCCUGAUGAUGAAGUCCCUUCGGUGCCCGAUUCCAAAUCAGGAGGUCCUUUGAGGUGCAGGAGGUGUAGAGCGUAUGUGAACCCUGCAUUCUCUUUUACUUUCGACUCGAAGGCGUGUUGCAAUUUUUGCGGAGUUAACACCCAAUUGGCAGAUGAGUAUUCUGUACCUCUAAAUCCUAAUGGUAUGAGAUCAGACCUUUAUGAAAGGCCCGAACUUUUCAAAGGAACUGUUGAUUUUAUGGUCCCAGAAACGUACAAUAUUAAACCAGGCCAAGCAAAUCUCCCUCUUCACUACGUAUUCCUGAUUGAUAUCUCCACCCUUUCCAAUGAAAACAAAUCCUCUUUGGCCAUGAUCGAAGGGGUUAGAACAUGUAUCGAACACAUUGCGGCCAAACAACCAAAUUGUAAAAUUGCUAUCAUGGCUUUUGACAAGCAAGUCAGGUUUUUCAACCUAAGAAAAGAACUUCAUCAGGCCCAGGAGUUUGUGAUAACGGAUUUGCAGGAUGUCUUCCUACCACUGUACAAUGGUCUCUUUUCGAGGCCCGAUGAAUCGAUGCAUGUUAUCCAAGACACUUUGUGCAAGAUUAUCUCAUACAUUGACGACAACAAGUUUUCGCAUCGUUUCGAAGCUUGUUAUGGGUCUGCCUUGAUGGCAGCCAAGAUUGCGAUCGAAACGAUUACCGGUGGUCAAGGUGGGAAGAUCUUGGCAAGUUUGAGCACCAAGCCAACCUAUGGCCAAGGCAAUCUACGGCUAAGAAACGAAGAUGCUCUCAAAAAGACGCUCAAAUGUGAAAAUGAUUUUUAUUUGAAGUUGGGUCGGGAUUUCUUAGAGUCUAACAUUUCACUGGAUUUGUUUUGCACGGGAUCUGCUUUCGUGGACCUGGUUUCUGUUGCUCAGCCCGUGAAAGCAACCUCAGGCUUUCUCAAGUAUUAUCCCAAUUUCGUGUUAGAAAAGGACGAAUUUACUUUUGUGAAUGACAUCUUGCACAGCGUGGCCAACACGGUGGGUUAUGGUGCGCAAUUAAAAGUCCGCUGCUCCUCGGGGCUUUCCAUAUACAACUAUUACUCGGAUGCAGUCGACAACACAAACCGUGAUCCGGUUAUACCUGUUCUGCAUCAAGACACCACCUUGAAUGUUCUUUUCAAGUAUGACGGUCAGCUUCCCAGCUCCGCCGAUGUUCAUUUUCAGUGCGCCGUCCUAUACACUGAUAUAGAUGGCGUGAGGAAAGUGAGGUCUUUAAAUGUUUCCGGCGCCGUGAGCGAGAACGUUAACGAAGUGUUCAAGUUUGUCAACCAAGACGCCGUCGUUAGCAUUAUCGUGCACGACAUGUUAACCACGCUGGCCGACUGUGAUUUCGCGCAGAAACGGAAGACGAUAGACGAUAAGUUGGUGGAUAUUCUCACGCAGUACCGCGGUCUGGUUUCGGGUUCAUCCUCGACCCAACUGGUGUUACCAGACUCGUUGAAGACACUCGCAGCUUAUCUCCUGUCUUUCGAGAAAACCGAGCUCAUGAAAAACAACUCUAAGUCGGCAAAUGGCAAUGCGCGGGUCUACGACAUGUUCCAGUGGUACACGUUGAACCUAGCCCAAAUGUUGUUCAAGCUGUACCCGCAGAUUUUGCCACUGCACGAACUCCUGCAGGAGAGCGACUACACAUUCUACGACCAGAAUGAGAUACUACUUCAGGCCACCCCAUCGGAAGCCUUGAGCGUGCGUGCCGGUCGCCGCGAGCUGGUCGACGGUGGGUGCUACCUUAUUUUUGACGGGACUUCGGUGUACCUGUGGUUCAACGAGAACACAAACUCCCAUCUGCUGAAAGACUUGCUGGACGUUGACACCGCCACCACCAAGCACCACGAAAUUAGCUUGCCGGGGAAUACGCUUCCCGUGGUGGACAGCAGCAUCAACGGAAAGGCGCGCAAUUUGGUUAAAAACUGGUCCCAACUUGUUGGCCGCUCCUUCGCUCCGGUAAUCCCGUUGAGACCCCACAUCGACAGCCACUACGCCCACACUAUGGCCUCGCUGCUAUGCGAGGACAAGUCCAUCGAAAUGAUUGAAAGCUACGAUAAUUACCUCGUGCUGCUGCACAAGCGAAUCAAAGAAAAGAUGAAAAACGACGACUACACCAAGCUGUCGCACGGGAAAGACCACGAGCACAUCGGCCAGAAAUUCAUCCAGUUUUAG